AAGCCGUUCUAAAGCUUUAAGCCACCAAGUAUUUGGUUUUGCCUCUUCACUUAUGAAUCCGUGUUCUCCUGGCAGUCGGGUGGUUGAAGGAAUCUGCUGGAAUCCCAGUGAGAUCACGUCAUGAGAAUAACAGCUGGAGCAGCCGAUGAAAGGUUCCACCACAGAACGAUGAAGCACUAAGAAGAGUCGGUCACACUAGGCUAAUAUCUGGGGGAUGGCCCUUCAUGGCCUCAGGCGAGACACAGAUACGUAUUGCUGAGCUAAGAGGUGAAGUUCCUCAGAAACCAACUUCUCAUCCAGACAAACCUAAAGAGCCUAAGGGUGGCAGCAGCCCUUCCCCAAAGCUCUCGCCCAUCUGGAAGCCUAAGAGAGAACAUGUCCAUUUGGCUCAGAAUCACCGAUCCGCUCAUUCCAUGUUCCCUCGUCCUUCCUGUUUGUUCUCUGAGACAUCGACACCUUUAACACCUUCUCCUCCAGCAACUGGACCAAGGCCGCUGCAUGACACCCUUGAAAGAACGUUUGUUUUCCAUAGAGCUUCCAAAAACCCAACAAUUCUUCUUAUAGGGCAGAAGACUGAAAGUCAUAGGACGAUCUCCACCCGCUACAGGUAUCCACCAGUCAGGCCUUUCCUUAAAUCUGCCAAAACUGAGCGUGCCAUGACCUCUUCGUUGGUAGAUCAGUUCCACCUGCCAAGCGCAGCUGGGGAACUCCCCGAUGUUGGCAUCAGAAGACCUUCCAGUGUUGCAGCCAAGUUGCCCUCCGAUCCUUCCAGGCCGGCCUUAAUCCCGAACUCCUUCCUACGACCAAGCAGUACUAAAGUGCCUUUACAUGUAGACAAGAAGACGACACCAAACCCCCCUCAGGUUGGAGCAAAGUCUGCUUCAUGGUCCUCUGGUGAGAAAGGAGGCUUCGGCCAACCUAAUGGGGUGGUGCCUUCGGUCAAUCACACUGGCAUCCGAGCAAGGACCGUGUUCUGCAAAGCGGCUUCUUCAUCCAGUAUCAUGGAGGGAAAGGCCAGAGUUGAGGAAACUACAUGGCACAUACUUGAAAAUAAUAACGUUGGCAGCUCACCCAAUAGAGACAUCCAACUUACAGAAGCUGUGAGGCGCCUGACAGGAAGUCACGGGCUCGCUGGCGGUGAAGCACAAACUUCUACUAAAGCUUUCUGCCAAAAUGAGAACCCACGUGCCAUCAGUGCCACAGCACAACCUGCAUGUCCAGGCCACAAAAAAGACCCUAUUCCCAAUAGCCUGGCCUCAGAGGGUCCAAGCCUUAAGAUUGACACCAGUGUUUCCAGUACUUACCAUGCCAAUGCCUGCACCCAGCAAACCAGUGCCAGCCUCGGUGCCAAGGGAGACGACUCGUGCCCUCUUGACGUCUCUGCUCAUCUUCCAGCCUUGAAAAAUGAACCAUUACUCCCGGUGACUGGUGAGACUUCUCAUCGAGGGAACAUCACUGUGAUGGCAUCUCAGAUCUCUACUAUACAUCUUAAUAAACCUGGUGAAGAUGUAGCAAAUAACUUCGAUAUUACUGUGCCAAACUCCGAGCUGGAUGCUGCUGAUGAGGAGCUUCCUGAAGGCUUGGAUGACACCCAAGAGGAAGAGGAGGAUGAGGAAGAUCCUGCUGCUGUCCCAGCGUCCUCAUCCACUACACCAUUGGCUGAUCCAUCCAGACAAUGUGUUGCCAAUAUGGACCUCGCUCAAUCAGAUGUGGAUUUAAUUCUCAGACCAGCCCUCACCCCGAGCCUGUUCCCAAACACAACCCCUACUAUUUAUUUUGCCACUCAGGAUGAAAAAGUGGAGCUAUUGCCUUGGGCACAAAGAAAACUGUUGAAGUGGAAGAUGAGCACAGUGACCCCAAAUAUAGUAAAACAGACCAUAGCAAGGUCUCACUUCCGGAUCACCAAAAAGAACGAUUGGUUGGCUUGCUGGGGUCAUCACAUGAAGUCUACAGGCUUCAAGGCUAUCAAAGACUACCAAAAGCUGAACCAUUUUCCAGGCUCCUUUCAAAUCGGAAGGAAAGACCGUCUGUGGAGAAACCUGUCCAAAAUGCAGGCUCGCUUUGGAAGGAAAGAAUUCAACUUCUUCCCUCAGUCCUUUGUGCUUCCACAAGAUAUCAAACUGCUGAGAAAAGCCUGGGAGGAGGGCGGGACGCGGCAAAAAUGGAUCGUGAAGCCGCCUGCAUCAGCCAGAGGAAUGGGGAUCCAGGUUAUACAUAAAUGGAGCCAGCUUCCGAAGAGGAGACCGCUGCUAGUGCAGAGGUACUUGCACAAACCCUACCUCAUCAGUGGCAGUAAGUUUGACUUGCGGAUCUAUGUUUACGUCACGUCGUAUGACCCCCUCAGAGUCUACCUGUUUAACGACGGCUUGGUGCGAUUUGCCAGCUGCAAGUAUUCGUCAUCCAUGAAAAGCCUAAGCAACAAAUUCAUGCACUUAACAAACUAUUCUGUGAAUAAGAAGAAUGUGGAUUACAAGGCGAACGCGGAUGAGUCUGCCUGUCAGGGGCAUAAAUGGGCACUGAAGGCGUUGUGGAGCUACCUCAACCAGAAGGGUUUCAGCAGUGACAAAAUUUGGGAGAAGAUCAAAGAGAUGGUGAUAAAGACCAUUAUUGCUUCUGAGCCCUAUGUGAACAGCUUAAUGAAGAUGUACGUACAGAACCCGCACAGCUGCCAUGAAUUGUUCGGCUUUGAUAUCAUGUUGGAUGAGAACCUGAAGCCGUGGGUCCUAGAAGUGAACAUCUCACCCAGUCUACAUUCUAAUUCUCCGCUGGAUGUAAAGAUCAAAGGUCAGAUGAUCUGCGACCUCCUGAACCUGGCCGGUUUCCUGCUCCCCAACAAAGAGACCACAAGUCCCAGCAUUGGAAAUUCAAGCUCCAGUGUGUUGGGGCGGGACCAUGGGCAUUCAGCAGAAAUUGUGAAUGAGGAGAAGAUGAAACGGGCCCAUUACCUCAGCCAGAAGAUGCCAGAUAAGGAUCUCUAUGCCACAGUACUGGACCACCUCACUCCAGAGGACGUGCGAGUCCUAGUAGAGACGGAGGAUGAGCUCUCGCGCUGUGGGCAGUUUGAGCGAGUCUUCCCGUCCGCCAUCUCUUCACGAUAUCUGCGCUUCUUCGAACAGCAGCGUUAUUUCAAUAUUCUCACCAACCAGUGGGAGCAGAAAUACUAUGCCAGCAGAGAGAAAGGACAAGAACUACUGAGAAGUUUGUGUAUGAUGAAUUUUCACACUGGAUCGGCUGCGCACUCAUCGACGUGGUCACUGCAGAGAUCUCCUGGUCAGAGCGCAACGUGUCUCAAUGGCUGCCACAAAGGGGACGCAACAAAACCCAGCAGAUUACCCCCUUCUCCUGAGGAAGAACUGAAAUCCUUAAAGAACCCCCCUCUCCAUCAGAGUCCUGUGCACCAUCCGCAGCCCGACCUCAGCCCGGGCCCGCUCCUGUCCCAUAUCAUGUCUACCCUGCCGGAAUCUGCCCUGGUCAUGUGAUCAGCAUCGCCGCCUCCUCUGCGCUGCUCAAAAUCUACCUCAAUGGAUGAUUUCUAAUGUGGACGCCGACCAAUACAUCUGUGACAAGGGGGCAAGAUGGAGACCUCGCAGGGGGAUCACUGUGCUUCCGAAAAUAAAUGCAAUACUGCAAGGAGCAAUCGGGACACAUUUUUAUAGGUGUUUAUUUUUAUACAGUGUUAGGGAUAGGAGGGGUCUUGUGAGGAGGUUUUGGGCUCCAGGAAUCGACCAGUCCUUGAAUUGUCACCUUCCUCAUUCAUCGGGGGCCUUGGUCCUAGGCAGAGCCAGGUCCGGGCCUUAGGGAGCAUUUCAGGAAGAUGUUGUCUGUUCUACUGUUCUGGUUGAGAUUUUAUUGUUUGGGUUUGUUUUGUGUUUUGUUUUUUUCUCUUUUUUUCUUGCAAAAUAAUAUAUUAAUAAUAAAAGAAUGCACAAAGCUGACAGAUGAGCUGCCGUGUUUUC